AUGGCAACAUCAUCGGAUCAGCAUGGAGGAAAGGAGCCUAUGUCGCCCCGUGCGGCAAGGGCGAAGCUAGCGGAAGCCCUGGGAAAACUUGACAUCAUGGAGGAGGAGGCGACUCCGCUGGUGCUGGAUGACCGGGAAGAUGGGGCGCCGGCGAAGUGGAUGCUGGCAGUAAAGCUGAAUUUGCAAAUCAACGGGAUCGUGAUCGUGUAUGGGAGGGAUCGCCAUGGCAUGUUUGAUAGGCUGCAACUUUGGGCUAGAGUUGUAAACCUUCCCUUCAAUCUGCAGGAUGAUAAAUGGAGUGCUGCUAUUGCUAAACAAAUUGAUAAACAAGCAACACAUGUAUCAUUUGAUCAUGUGAAUGGAUACUUGAGAGCAAGAGUUACGAUUGAUGUGAGCAAACCUCUUAGGAGGUGGAUACUGAUUGAGUCAGCUCGUAGAAAAUGUUCAGACCUGUAUGAUAUCCAAUACAAGAAUAGCAUUUCUUGUGAGCCGCUCGGCCUGAAUGGUAAAUGCGGGCGUUUAGAGAAGUUACGGAAGAAUGUAUGUGGCAGGAUCUUGGAUGCAACUCAAGCUCACAAAGCCGCCGCCAACGAAAAAGAUAGGGCAGAGAGUAGAGACUCGAUUCAGACCGAUGUCGACAGAACAAUACGGCGGCGGCUGGAUUCUUCGGAUCGGCAGAUCACGCCGCCGCCGGCGCAGCUGCCGGACGACCUGAUCCACUACAGCAUCCUCGCACGCCUCCCCUUCCGGCUGCUCCUCCGCCUCGCCCCCGUCUGCAAGGCGUGGCGCCACCUCAUCCUCCACGACCCCGUCUUCGCCCGCGUGCAGGCGCAGUGCCCCUCGCCGGCCUCCGGCGUCCUCGCCCGCUUCCACCAGGGCCGGCUCGAGGUCCUCACCCCCGGAGCCGCGGCCGCCACCGUCGCCCCGCCGGACGCCGGCCUCUCCUUCUUGCCCGUCGUCGACGCGCACCGGCAGCACCUCCGGCUCUGCUCCACCACGAGCGGCCUUCUUCUGGUCACCACCGGCAGCACCUUCUGGGUCGUCAACCCCGCGACCCGCGCGUUCCAUGAGAUCCCCUACGCCGGCGAGCGCGCCUUCAGGGCGUGCCUCGCGUACGACCCGGCGACGGCGCACCAGGAAAGCUACCACCUCGUCGUCCCCGCCCGGGUAAACAUGGAGCUGUGGAGGUUCUGGAUCUUCUCCUUCUCGUCGCUCCCGCGCGGAUGGCGCGCGUCGUGGGCGACCGUGCGGAUGCCGCCGUACGGCGGUGUGCAGCCCAAGGCUUUACAACUGGGCGGGCUCUCGUACUGGCUUUGCAACCGGGGCGACGUGCUCUGGUACAACUACGGCGCCGACGCGGCGGGCAAGCUGCCGCCGCCGCCGCAUGGGAAGAAGAGGCCGUCCUCCCUGGUCGACGGAGGAGGGUACAUGGAGGGCAGCAGGGAGCUGGUGGCGUGGCGCGGGAGGAUCGCGAUGGUGUCAGCGAGCCCCACCCUGCUGGCCGUGUGGGCGCUGUCGUCGUCGCCCUCCUCGGGCAAUGCCUCGCUGACGCGGUGGGAGAUGGUGCACCGGAGGAGCUGGGACGAAAUCCCUGGCAUGGCGCCCCCCGCGUCGCGCUUCCUGUGGUCGGUGGUGCCGGCGGGAGUGGACGUCGGCGCGGAGGUCUUGGGCCUGGCGGUGCGGAUCGGGUACAGGCAGCGCCGCGGCCACGGCGUGGGUGGUGGUGUUGACAACGAGAAUGUGUGGCGUCGCGAGGUGUUGCGGUACGACAUGCGUACCGACGCCACGGCCACGGUGGCGGAACUGGUCGGCAGGGAGAAGCACGACGACUUCGUCGUCUUCGGCUACCACUCCAGCAUGGCGCCAUUGUACUAGCAGCUAAUUAAAACCUCUCCAUCUCCAUCUCAAGGUUUUUUCUGACAGUAAUUUGAUGGAACUCGAUCAUCGCAGGUACUCAUGGUAUUCUGGAUAUUUCACUUUUCAGCUAUCUAUCUA